CAGAAACCAGUAUUGAUGGCACUAUCUCUAGAAAGAAAUGACACCAAGGUUCAGCAAGGUGGAAUGAAAGAUCACUUGAAAUUACCUAAGGCUAUGCAUGAGAUGAGCGAUAGGGAGUUGCUAUGGAAAGCUUCAAUGGUCCCAAGGAUCCAAAAGUUCCCAAACAAACAAGCCCCAAAGGUUGCUUUCAUGUUCUUAACAAGAGGGUCAUUGCCAUUAGCUCCUCUUUGGGAGAAAUUCUUCAAAGGACAUGAAGGGUUGUACUCGAUUUAUGUGCACUCCAAUCCAUCCUACAAUGGAUCUGUAGAACCAAAAGGGUCUGUGUUUCAUGGUCGAAGAAUACCCAGUAAGGAGGUGAAAUGGGGACAGUUUAGCCUUAUUGAAGCAGAACGCCGCCUACUGGCCAAUGCACUCCUUGACUUCUCAAACCAAAGAUUUGUUCUUCUAUCAGAGUCAUGUAUUCCCCUCUUCAACUUCUCUACCAUCCACUCUUACCUCAUUGGAUCUACUAAGACCUUUGUGGAGGUUUAUGAUGAUCCAACUGCUGUUGGGCGUGGCCGGUAUAACCACCGUAUGAAACCACUUAUCGAUCUCCGGCAAUGGCGAAAAGGGUCUCAAUGGUUCGAGAUAGAUCGUGAUCUUGCAAUCGAGAUUGUUUCCGACCAUAAAUAUUUCCCAAUUUUUGGUAGAUUAUGUAAGGGCUCAUGUUAUGGAGAUGAACAUUACUUACCAACAUUUGUGAACAUAAGAUUUCCAGAGAAGAAUUCAAAUAGGACUUUGACAUGGGUUGAUUGGUCAAGGGGAGGUCCACACCCAACCAAGUAUUACAGAACAUAUGUGACCAUUGAGCUUUUGGAGAAGCUGAGGAGUGGAAGUGAAUGUGAAUAUAACGGCAAGAACACAACCAUUUGCCAUUUGUUUGCAAGGAAGUUCUUAUCCAACACUCUGUAUAGGUUGAUGUUGUUUGCCCCAAAGGUCAUGAGUUUCAACCCUUGAGCUAUAUGAGAUGUA